AUGGAAAAUUCAGAAUAUAAUAAAGAAUUACACUAUCAGAAAUAAGUCAGAACACUUAAAUUACCACUCAAACCCAACCUUAAAGUUUUAGAUGUCAGUGGAUUGAAACUCAAAGAUCUCUCCUUUCUUGCUGAUCAACAAGAUAUUGAAAUUUUGAUUGCAGAAUCAAAUGAAUUAACUAAUUAAUGUUUCAAAGAAAUAGCCCAUCUCAAAAAAUUGAAAAUACUUUCUCUCUAAGAGUAAAUACCAUAUAUAUUUAUACUAGCAAUCAGAUUGUUGAUGAUGCUAAUUUGAAAUUACUUGCAGAUGCACAACUAUUAGAAUUGAGAUUGUUAUUCAAUCCAAUUUGUCAAACAUAACAAUACUAUAAACUAAUUUAUAAAGCUUUGCCAAACUUAUACACCUUAGAUGAUUACGAUUAAGAUGGCUUGUAAAUACAUAGUUUAUUUUGA